UUUCCUCUCUCUCUCUCUGUGCCGGUGGUAUUCUCGGGCUGUUCUCUUGCCGCUUCAGAGCGCGCCAGUGUGUGUGUGUGUAUGUGUGUCUGAGGCUGAAGAUACGGUACACAUACACAUACACACACACUCACACAACUGCUGAAGAUGUAAAAGACCUACCCCGUGCCAAGUAGAACUCUACGCCUGCCCGCAGAGAAGGGAUGCAGCCGGAUUAUAACGAAACUCUGAAACGGAAGGCUGAAGAUAAAAUACCAUUGCUUGUUACCAGUUGAACUACAAUGUAAGUCGGUCAUCAGAAACCCGACGGUGGAGAAGACACGACAGUAUCCAAGGCUGUGUAUGAGUGUGUGGGUGAGAGAGAGAGGAGAGAGAGAGUGUGUGUGUGUGUGUGUGCGUGUGUGUGUGUGUGUUUGUGCAUGUGUGUGUGUGUGAGAGAGGGAGAGGUUUUAAAGAUUGUGGAUUUUGGACAACAUCAGGAUCAAAUCCAAGGAUUCUCCGCCGACCUCCGCAUUCUGACGAGAAAAGUUGAGAUCUCGAUAUCGGAUUCAAUCGCUUCCUCCGUCUGACGGAUUCCUUCAGCCGCGGUACACCCAGUCCAAGCUCCGCCGACCAAGAGGGCUCGGAUCUGUCCGCUGUCGCCGGGAGGGGAACUGUUCCCAACUUGGCCGUUCCCGUUUGCCCGCACUUCAUUCAAGGCCCUCGCUCAACAAAUUACCCUCCUGUGCAUCGGGGUGGAUGUCUGUGGAACACAAGCCCCCUCUCUACCUCCCGUUCACCCGCUGGAAGUUGCCUGGCAGUCUUGGCGCGCCCCCGCCCAGCGGCGAUGCCAGGAUGGGAUUGUUGGUCUUCCUCGUUCUCUGUGGAUUGUUCUCCCAAGUUUUUGGAUCCCGACUCCGCCAGGAGGACUACCCGCCCCGCAUCGCAGAACACCCCUCCGACCUGAUCGUCUCCAAGGGGGAGCCGGCCACGCUGAACUGCAAGGCAGAGGGGAAGCCGAGCCCCACCAUCGAGUGGUACAAGGAUGGGGAGCGGGUGGAGACGGACAAGGACGACUCCCGCUCCCACCGCAUGCUGCUGCCCAGCGGCUCCCUGUUCUUCCUGCGCAUCGUCCACGGGCGCCGGAGCAAGCCGGAUGAGGGCAGCUACGUCUGCGUGGCCAGGAACUACCUGGGGGAGGCCGUCAGCCACAAUGCCUCGCUGGAGGUGGCCUUGCUGCGAGAUGACUUCCGCCAGAACCCCACUGACGUGGUGGUGGCAGCUGGUGAGCCUGCCAUCAUGGAGUGCCAACCCCCUCGUGGGCAUCCGGAACCCACCACCUUUUGGAUGAAGGACGACGUCCGCAUCAGUGACCGCGACGACCGGAUAACGAUGCAUGGAGGGAAGCUGAUGAUAUCAAACACCAAGCGAAGUGAUGCUGGGACCUACGUCUGCGUUGGGACUAACAUUGUGGGGGAGAGGAACAGUGAACCUGCUGAACUGACUGUGUUUGAGCGGCCCACCUUCAUGAAGAGACCCAUCAACCAGGUGGUACUGGAGGAUGAGGCAGUGGAAUUCCGUUGCCAGCUACAGGGAGAUCCACAGCCCACUGUGAGAUGGAGGAAGGAUGACACAGAUGUAGCUCGGGGCAGAUACGAUAUCAAGGAAGAUAACACUCUACGCAUCAAGAGAGUAAGCAGCAAUGACGAGGGAACCUUCACCUGCGUUGGAGAAAACCGAGUGGGCAUGGUGGAGGCCACCGCAACGCUGACCGUACGAGCACACCCCGUCGCUGCUCCACAGUUCGUCGUGAGGCCGAGGGAUCAGAUUGUGCCCCAGGGUCGGACGGCCAUCUUUCCCUGUGAAACAAAGGGAAACCCACAGCCAGCUAUCUUCUGGCAAAAGGAAGGAAGCCAGAACCUGCUGUUUCCCAACCAACCGCCACAGCCAUCUAGUCGCUUUGCCGUCUCCGCUGAUGGGGACCUCACCAUCACUAACAUCCAGAGGUCGGACGCUGGUUACUACAUCUGCCAGGCCCUUACGGUGGCAGGAAGCAUCCUGGCCAAGGCUCAGCUGGAGGUUACCGAUGCUCUGACAGACAGACCACCUCCAAUCAUCCGGCAGGGUCCGGCCAAUCAGACGCUGGGUGUGGACGGAACUGCCUUGCUGAAGUGUCAGGCCACCGGAGAGCCUAUCCCUACGGUCAGCUGGCUGAAGGAUGGUGUCAGCCUCCUCGGGAAGGACCCCCGGAUGUCACUGCAGGAGCUCGGAAGUCUGCAGAUAAAGAACUUGAGGGUAAUGGAUUCUGGAAUCUACACAUGUGUAGCCACCAGCUCAAGUGGAGAAACUUCCUGGAGUGCGUUUUUGGAAGUACGAGAGUCAGGGCCAUCGACGGUCAAUGUUAAAACAGAUGUGGAUGCUCUUCCGGGGUCACCCUCCAAGCCCCAGGUUGCGGAUGUCACACGGAGCAGCAUCACCCUCACCUGGUUGCCAGGGAAACACACCGGGUCUUCACCUGUCACGUCAUACAUCAUUGAAGCCUUCAGCCAAUCUGUGAGCAACAGUUGGCAAACAGUGGCAGACCGGGUGAAGAACACUUUGUUCACUGUCCGGGGCCUGAGGCCAAACACUAUCUACCUCUUCAUGGUGCGUGCCGUCAACGCGCAGGGAGUCAGUGAUCCCAGCCAGAUGUCCGACCCCGUCCGCACUCAAGAUAUCAGUCCCCCUGCGCAAGGCGUGGAUCACAGGCAGGUGCAACGGGAACUUGGCGAUGUAAUCAUACGGCUGCACAAUCCACUGGUCCUGACACCAUCUAGUAUCCAAAUCACCUGGGCAGUUGAAAGGCCGUCACAGUUCAUCCAGGGCUACCGGGUGCUGUUCCGUCAAAUCUCUGGCCUUCCUUCCCCGUCAUCCUGGCAGUUGAUGGAGGUGAAGGUACCGACAGAGCGCAGCACUGUCCUAUCCAACCUGAAGAAAGGAGUCAGCUACGAGAUGAAGGUGCGCCCAUACUUCAACGAGUUCCAGGGGAUCGACAGUGAGUCAAAGACAGCACGCACUAAUGAAGAAGCUCCAGGAGCACCGCCCCAGUCAGUGACCGUGCUGACUGUUGGAAACCACAACAGCACCAGUAUCAGCGUGUCCUGGGAUCCUCCCCCUGCAGAGCAGCAGAAUGGAAUCAUACAGGAGUACAAGAUAUGGUGCUUGGGCAAUGCGACGAGAUUUCACAUCAACCGGACAGUGGAUGCAGCCAUUCGCUCAGUGGUGAUUGGUGGUCUUCUCCCAGGUGUCCAGUACCGUGUCCAGGUCGCGGCCAGCACAAGUGCAGGGGUUGGUGUGAAGAGCGAGCCACAGCCUAUUGUCAUCGGGAAUCGCGGCGAUGACAUUUUCGUGACAGGGCCCGGCGGCAAUAACAGCAUCACGGAACAGAUCACAGAUGUAGUGAAGCAGCCGGCCUUCAUCGCAGGCAUUGGUGGGGCCUGUUGGGUCAUCCUGAUGGGCUUCAGCAUCUGGUUGUACUGGCGGAGGAAGAAGAGGAAGGGACUCAGCAACUAUGCAGUGACAUUCCAACGUGUUGAUGGAGGAAUGAUGAGCAAUGGAAGUAGACCCGGCCUGCUUAACCCUGGUGAAUCCAGCUACCCGUGGCUCGCAGACUCCUGGCCUGCCACCAGCCUUCCCGUCAACGGCAGCAGCAAUGGCCCCAGCGACCUGGGAGGAGUUGGGAACUUCAGCCGUGGAGGCCAGAGCGAUAAACUGGGAACAAUGCUUUCGGACAGCGCCAUUUACAGCAGCAUCGAUGUCACCACCAAGGCUGGCUUCAGCAGCCCAGGACAGGUCACCCAGGCCACGCCAUACGCCACCACCCAAAUCCUCCACUCCAGCAGCAUCCAGGAGCUGGCUGUUGACCUGCCCGACCCCCAGUGGAAGAACUCCGCCCAGCAGAAGUCUGACUCUUCUGGAUGCACAUACUCUCUGCCAGAGCAGAACAAGUUCAACAAUGGUGGGAAAAGUGGGAAGAAGAAGAAAAACAAGAACAACAUCAAACAACAUAAGAACACGGGGUCCAACUGGUCGAAUGUGCCUCUGCCACCUCCCCCAGUGCAGCCGCUGCCCGGCACAGAGCUGGACCACUACGCCAUGGACCACCAUGAGAAUGGCUAUGACAGUGAUGGCUGGUGCCCGCCUCCACCUGUGAAGUCCUACCUGCACCAAGGCAUGGAAGAUGAGCUGGAAGAGGAGGAGGACCGGGUUCCUACACCCCCCAUCCGAGGUGUGGCUUCCUCACCUGCCAUAUCCUUCGGGCAGCAAAGCACUGCCACACUCACCCCAUCUCCUCGUGAAGAGCUGCAACCCAUGCUCCAAGCCCACCUGGACGAGAUUAGCCGGGCUUAUCACUUUGACAUCUCAAGACAAGCCUGGCAGAUGCAGGCCAGCUCCCUCCCUCCACAGGCCCCGGCUCUACCCUUAGGCUACAUCUCCGGAACGUUAAUUUCAGACAUAGAGACGGAUGUACCCGAGGAGGAGGAGGAGGAGGAGGAUGAGGAAGAGGCUUUGGAAUUGGCCAGACCUCUGCGAGGAAUGGGGCAUACCCCAGGAUCCAGCAUAGAUAACCUCGACAGCUCGGUCACAGGUUCAAUGGUCAAUGGCUGGGGUUCUGCCUCAGAAGAGGAGCGUAAUAUGUCUAGCCGUCGACCUAGCGCGGCCAGCUCCUCUUCCGACUCCAUCUUUACCGAUGGCGACUUUACCCAGGCAUUGGCCACUGCGGCAGACCGCGCCGGAUACAAGAUGGAGGGCACCAGUCUCGUAAAGACAGGUAAAGGGUAUACCUCUUCCCAACGACUUCGACCCAAUAGCCCUUUCUCCACCAGCAGUAGUGUGAGUGGGACCCAAAGCCAGUGCCAGAGAUCGAGGCCCCCCAAGAAACACAAGGCAGCUGGAGGUCGACUGGAGCUGCCUUCCCUACCACACCGUCGGGAGGCAGGUGCAGACGAUCUGCCACCUCCGCCUGACCCUCCACCAUGCCCAGGUUCAAAGCUCCAUUCUGGUCAAGGAUUGAAGACAAUGGGGCUGGACAAUUCUCCAGACAGCCAGCAGGUGAUCUGCCUCGAUGAAGACACAAACUCAGUGGACCAUCUGCUCAAGACAUCUCUAGAAGGUCAAGUGAAUCAGGAAGACUUGCGAAACAAGCUGCAACACAAGCCAACCAUGGGGUCAGAAGAAGUUCUAAUCCCGUACAGCAAGCCGAAUUUCCCCUCUCCAGGCCACUUGAGUGGUCAAAGUUCUUCGGGAACCGCCUCGUCUAAGGGGUCGACUGGACCCAGGAAAGGAGUGCCCUCACGAGGAGGUCCAGCCAUCGCGUGUCACCAGCGGAACAUUAGUGAGCUUCCAGAUGUAGGAUAUAUGGGGUCAUGUGGCCAAGGACAGUUUCUAGGGGAUGUAUAGUGAAGAAGAACUGAUCCUGAGAAUCAGCGUUGCGAGCCCCACCUUGUCGUUGCCAUGGCACCUGUGUGGUGCAAAGAACCUCUUCCUUAUUUAAUGUAUUAUGACAGAACCUGUAAAUGUGAUGUAAAGUCCGAGAUACCACAGCCACAUGUGUACCCCUUCACCCCACCAUGGUCUUUCAGUACAUUGUCCAUGUACACCCUCCUCUCACCUCACCACGUCUCCAUCACUCCCCUUUCCUUCUUCCAAAUCCCACCCCUUCUUCUCUGUACGCCCAUCACACCCUACUGGGGCAUACGCUACCGACAGCAGCUCACUCGAGUCCUCUGCCCUGGGCAGAUAGAAGGUUGGUCAGCCCUGUGGCUUCCAGUUUCACCACAUGACCUUGUACAUCUUCUGGGCGAAGAGUCUUCCUCUCCCAGAAAUGAGGACUUUGGAGCUUCUGCUGCCGUUUCUGUAGCUCUGGGUUUUUUUAUGGGAUGGCAUUGCUAGCCCCAGGCCCAACCCCCUUCCUUUCAUAGCCAGGCUUGGGACCGUCCAUGGCAGGGUUAAAUCCCACCCACAAAAUAGAAAUGUGACAAGGAAGGAUAAAAAUAUGAGAAGUGUAGUUGGUAUAAUGUAAGAGAGAAGGGGGGAGAGAAGGGGAUUUCUUGUGUAAAUACUUUUUGUUGCAUUGUUAAACAAAACUCACCUUGUUCUUUGACUUUGCAUCUUGUAAUGUUAUUACAUUUUUUUAUUGGUCUAUUGUACUAUAUUGUCGAUUGACUGGGCAGAAAUGCCAUUAAAAACAGGAACACACAAAAAUAUGUAUUUUUAACAUUGUUACUGCAUUACUUUCUGUUUGUUUAAUGUUGUGUUUUUUGAAGUUUGCACUGAUGAUUUUGUUUUAGUGAUAAGCACAAAAGUUUAAAGCUCCUGAGAAAAUGCUGAAGAGUGCGAAGUUGGUCGGAUGGGAAGAGAGGGGGAUUUAGCUCACCGCGUGUGUGAGCGAAUGUGCGUGUGAUGCGUGUGCGCUGUUGUGUGGAUGAGUGAUGGAGGUAAGUGUGGUUGCCUGAGCAUACACUUACUGGCCACUUUAUCUGAUACCUCCUGUACCUAAUAAAGUGGCCACUGUGUGUACUUUUGUAGUCUUCCGCCGCUGUAGCCCACCCACUUCAAGAUUCGACGUGUAGUGUGUUCAGAAAUGCUUUUCUGUGCACCACUGUUGUAACGUGGGGUUAUCUGAGUUACAGCCACCUGCCUGUCAGCUUGAACCUGCCUGGCCAUUCUCCUCUGACCUCUCUCAAAAACAAAGCGUUUUUGCCCACAGAGCUGCUGCUGCUUACUGGUUGUUUGUUUUUCACACCAUUCUGUGUAACCGUUGUGUGUGAAACCCCAGGAGAUCAGCAGUUUCUGAGAUACUCAAACCACCCUGUCUGGCACCAACAAUCAUUCUACGGUCAAAGUCGCAUUUCUUCCCCAUUCUAACGUUUGCUCCGAACAACAUUUGAAUCUCUUGACCAUAUCUGCAUACUUUUAUGCAUUGAGCUGCUGCCACGUGAUUGGCUGAUUUCAUAUUUGCAUUAAUGUAUAGGUGUACCUAAUAAAGUGGCCACUGAGUGUACAUCAUGUGUGUGCGUGCGCGUGUUGCAAGUGAGCGCACAUGGGCAUGUGUAUGGUAUGUGUGUGUGUGGUGUGUCUGCGCGUGUGUAGGGGCACAGGAAAAUGCUGCAUUCUUCUGGGACCUUGUGACCUUUGAACAGCACAACCAGAAAUGGUGUCGAAGUGGGUCUGAGGCUGUUGCAGAGAGAGUCCCUUCACAUGUCACUCUGGGACACAGUGCUGGAAAGCCAGCCUUGGAGGACUGAACAGCAGGCAACAUCAAGCAGGCCGAAAAAGCGAGGCAUUGCCAUUCCCCCAGAGGAUGCCCUCUGUCCCCGAUUACCCCUUGCCCUCUCAUAAUUAUUUAAGACUUUUUCCUUCUUUCUUAAUAUAAAAAAAAGGCAGCCCAUUUCCCACCCGCCCUCCCCCACCACUUUAAAUCCGAAAAGACAUCACCUUGUUCUGCCAGGAAGCGGCAGCUUUCCAAAUUCGCCACUGCUGACCAAGGAGAGUUUCAAAGGAUGCUUGAUGUCAAAUAUAGUCUUAAACAUUAAUCUUAAAGCAAGGUCAGGAGCCUUGUUAACGCUGUUAACGGUAAAAUAAAGUGUGUGUCAGUAUUAAGGAAAGUUGUUCAUGGGUCUAUAGUAUAUUGAUUAAAGGCUUGAUGUUUUUAUGCUA